GCAAAAUAAGUCUACAAACCCUCUCUCUCAGUUUCCCGCCGCAAGCAUUUGGCAUGAAACUCCAAUCUCCAGUCUCUUCGCAGCUCUGAAAUUUGAAGAGAUAGAGAGAAAGAGAGAGGGAGUUUUUGGAAGAGAGAGAGAGAGAGAGAGAGGUAGGUUUAGUAGAGAGAGAGAGAGAGAAGGUAGUUCUGAGAGAGAGAGAGAGAGAGAGGGAGUUUUUGGAAGAGAGAGAUGGAGGGGAAGUCAGAGGAGUUGGAAGGGGAGAUGGAGGUUGAAGCUUACAGGCGAUUGUUCCCCCUCCAAUUCUACGAGCGCCAUCUGUCGGACUCAGUGAGACCCGACGCCCGCCCCCUCAACAAAGCCAGACCCACUUCCAUUGUUCCUGCCCCUCUCCCUUCUGCUGAUGCCUCAGCCAUGGUCAAGAUUGGAAAUACUACCAUGCUCUCUGGAAUCAAACUUGAAAUCAUGUUUCCUUCAUCGGACUCCCCUGACGAAGGCUGCAUAGCAAUUGAUUUCCAUAUGCCUCCUAUUUGUUCUCCAAUGGUUAGACCUGGUAGACCUGCCGAGGCAGCUCCUGUUAUAUCUCAGCAAUUGAACAAUGUUAUCAUGAGUUCAAAGCUUAUCGAUUUGAAGGAAUUGUCUAUAGCCAGUGGCAAGGCUGCAUGGAUGGUCUACUUGGAAAUUUACUGUCUAGAUGCGGAUGGUGCUCUUUUUGAUGCUGCAUUGCUUUCUGCAGUUGCUGCCAUUGCUCACUUGGAAAUCCCUCCAGUUUGUCUCAAUGAAGAAGGGAGAGUAGUGUCUUCUCAAGGUCAGGCCGAAACUAACACCGAUAACAAUGGCAAUACUAAUAAUUCAAACACUGAGAAGAGAAAGCUUACACUCGGUAGCAUCCCUUUCUCUUUGACAUGCUUACUGCAUAAGCAGUAUCUAUUGGUUGAUCCAACUGAUGAGGAGGAAUCCAUCAUGCCAUCGCUCCUCACCGUUGUGUUGGAUACUUCUGGUCAUCUUAUCUCUCUCUACAAGCCUGGUGGUCCGGUCCUUGCUUACACAUCCACCACUAAGAACUGUGUUGCACUGGCUACGCGUAGAGUGAAGGAGCUCGAAAAGAUUUUGAAGGAAGCUCUCUCAGAAAUGGAUGUGAUUGAGAAUUGAUUUGAAAUUGUUCGCUCACCAUGUUCUUGCAACUUCUUUACACCAAUUGUUUUUGAUGUCUCUCUCUCUCUCUCUGUGCGCGUGUGUGUGUAAGCCCUUCUUAGUGGGAUGAGAAAUGAUAGAAGAAUGUGAUGAAACAAAAUGUUAGGUGUCUGGGUGAUUUAGGAUUCUAGAUCACUUUGAGCAGCUAUUAUUGGCUGAUAUGUUCGAUUGAGGUUCAUGUAGCUGGACCCAAUUAGUUAGGAAAAAAACUUUGACAAUAAUGAUGUUCGACUAAAGAUUCACCGGAAAUUCCCAUAAUAUUGCAUUGUUUUUAUUUGCAUUUCAA